GGGACCGCAGUCCCUCCCAGCCCGGCGGCCUAGACUGCCUGGCGACCACCUUCUGCCCCACCAAGGCCGGUUCCUCCAGCCGGGACUCAAGUCUGCUGGGGCAGGCUGGGCGUGCAGGGCAGAGCAGCCCCACAGGUGGCGGCGGCUCAAGACGGUUCCCGCCAGGCUAGGCAGUGGAGCGCCGCACAGUGCGCCUUCACGCCUCCCAGCCGCCGCCCAGGCAGUUCCCGGCCAGCGCCAGCAGGCCUGCUCGGUCGAUCUUCGAGCCGAAGAUGCGGCGGGGCUGGAAGAUGGCUCUGACUGGGGGGUUGCGGUGCUGCCGCCGGGUACUGUCCUGGGUGCCAGUGCUCGUUAUUGUCCUCGUCGUUCUGUGGUCCUACUAUGCCUACGUCUUUGAACUCUGCCUGGUGACUGUUUUGAGCCCAGCAGAAAAAGUUAUCUACCUCACACUAUAUCAUGCCAUUUUUGUGUUCUUUGCAUGGACCUACUGGAAGUCUAUCUUUACACUCCCACAGCAGCCAAACCAGAAGUUCCACUUGUCCUAUACAGACAAGGAGCGCUAUGAAAAUGAAGAGAGACCUGAGGUCCAGAAGCAAAUGCUUGUGGAUAUGGCCAAGAAGCUACCAGUGUACACGAGAACCGGGAGUGGAGCUGUACGGUUCUGUGACCGGUGCCAUCUAAUCAAGCCAGACCGCUGCCAUCACUGUUCUGUCUGUGCUAUGUGUGUUUUAAAAAUGGACCAUCAUUGCCCAUGGGUCAAUAACUGCAUUGGAUUUUCCAACUACAAAUUCUUCCUUCAGUUCUUAGCUUAUUCCGUUCUCUAUUGCCUGUACAUUGCUACAACCGUCUUCAGCUAUUUCAUCAAAUACUGGAGAGGGGAAUUGCCCAGUGUUCGCUCUAAGUUCCAUGUCCUCUUUCUCCUCUUUGUGGCCUGCAUGUUUUUUGUCAGCCUUGUGAUUCUCUUUGGUUACCAUUGUUGGCUUGUCAGCAGAAACAAAACUACCUUAGAGGCCUUUUGCACUCCAGUAUUUACAAGUGGACCAGAGAAAAAUGGGUUUAACCUCGGCUUCAUCAAGAAUAUCCAGCAGGUAUUUGGCGAUAAUAAGAAGUUCUGGUUAAUACCUAUUGGGCCCAGCCCUGGCGACGGACACUCCUUCCCUAUGAGAUCUAUGAAUGAGUCACAGAACCCACUGCUGGCAAAUGAAGAACCCUGGGAAGACAAUGAGGAUGACAAUCGAGAUUAUCCGGAAGGUUCAUCAUCACUUGCUGUGGAGACAGAAACGUAGCGGUUUCCAUGUUUUCUGCAUCUCCAACAGGAACCACCAUCUCCCAUGAGGCUUACACACUUCAAUGUUGAGAAUCACUCUAAUCCUCAAAAUAAGUCACCAUGUUGGAUAGAAAUCUUCACAGUUUGGGUGUUCCAUCAAAUACGUGCUGUGCAGGUGUUUUAGGACUUUGCAAAUUGACUUUGCUGAUUGAACUCAUUUUGGAAACAAUUGCUUCAAGCCAGUUUUUCUGUCUGACCCUCCCCCAAUCCAUGAAAGUCUAAGUAAAUAUAUAUAUACAUAUAUAUGUGUAUAUAUAUAUACAUAUAUAUAUAUGUAUAUAUAUAUAUACUCAUCUAGUUGGGUAAAAGGGAAUUCAGAAGAUUACCAUGGAGUCUAAUUCCCCCAUGAAAGACUAUUAAUCAUGCCUCUCUGCAGGGUCUUUUCUGGUAUUGAGGGGAGUCAGCAUGUGUUUGCGGCUUAUGUUCAUGGGCGUAUAUAAACAUGUGUAUGUGCAACAGAGUUCUGCCAAAUCUCAAGGUUUAAAAACUGAGGAUUGUAUUUAAUCAUGCUUUUCACCUAAAUAGCAAUUUAAAUAUUUGAUGAACUCUGAACUAACCCUAUAUCACGUGUCUGAAAUUUAAGAAGGAGAUUAAGUAGACUGUGACCAUGGUCCUGUUGAGAAUUGAACAAUGCAAACCCUGUCUUGUCACAGAAAUGUCUGAAAGCUAAUAGGGCAGACCAGAUCAGACUUCCAUUUCAGUGAGCACAACAAUUAGCAUUCUAAGGUCGAGCAUGAUGGUGCAUGCCUGUCAUCCCAGCACUUGGAAAGCAGGGGGGGUGCUGCAAAGUCAGGACCAGCCUGGUUGUUUUACAUAGUGAAUUCCAGGCAGCUUGGGUUACAUAAGAAAACCCUAUCUUCAAAAAUCAAACAAACAAACAAACAAAAAAGGGAAUUACUUUCUUAAAAACUUUUAAUGCCAGGCUACAGUCAAAAUCUCUAUGUUAUUCAUUUCUCUGCUAUAUAGCUUUAUCUUAGCCUUUGUAAAUUACUUUUAUAAUGGUAGAAAUACUAUAAGCCUAAGUUACAGAACAUCCAUUUUAUAAAAAGGAUUUAGGGUGAUUUUCAGUAUAAUUAAAAUUCUGUUGAAGAAGGUAAAGUUUCAGAUAUGACACUAGCCUGAGGAUUAGCUAAAGGUCUAUGUUUUCACAGGAGGAGUUAAUGUACAGUUAACCGAACAGUGAUAUUCCAGUCCUCUUUUUUUAAGCUUCGGUAGCAGCUCAGCCAUUAAGAGAGUUUACAUCUAUUUCCCCACUUAUUUAUAACCAGCCUUCCUUUCAGUCCUAGUGCCUGGAUCAAUGAGAUGGACACUAAUGCUGCUUCUUUAUAAUAAUAGUACCUAAGAGUAUUGAUGUUUUUCAUUUUUCAACCAGCACUCUAAUGCACAGCUGCUGACAAUAAAAGCCCCAACUCUUAACAGAGAUCAGUGGGAGUUACAGGCAGCUCACAGUUAUCAAGGAAUUGAACUCCUUAAGAGACAGUUGGGUUUACUAAAUUAUUCUCUGUAAAAUGUCUCUGGGUGAAAAAAGAGUUGCCUGGCACAAACAAAUCUGUGUUGGGGUGCCAGUGCAACUGAGAAGGAAAACAAUCCAGCUAUUUAAAGUAACAACCAAAUGGGUCCAUUUGGACCCCCUAGGUCAUUUUAACCAAGGUGAGACAUUUAGAAUCAAAUAAAUAGAUUGCAGUCUGCAUUUCAUAUAAGAAAAUACAAGAUGUGAAUAAAUCUAUAAGGGCAAGGGCUUAGGGACUGCUUCUAAAAUUCACAGAUUAAGGAGAGACCUAGAAGACUGUGUAUGAUGGAUUCAUGGUGAAAGCUAAUACUUUCACAUGGAAAGAGCUUUCCCUUUCCAAGCUCCUUCUAAAGCACCUCUCUUGUCUAGCUUUCCCUUGGAAGCAUAUUUGGCCAUCCACAUGGCUCUAAGAUCCACAAGCCCUGCCUUCUAGUCCUUUACAGAUGUACCUUUCUCUAAGAGGCUGAAAGCAGCAGUUCAUAGCAACCAGCAUCAAAGCAGCCUUCCCGGCCCCACCUAUCGUCUCUGCUAAGGUCCAGAACAUCCAGGCUGUGAUGCAAAGUCAGGAAGGCAUCAGGAAACUCCUCUGUCGAAUGCGUCAGCUAGCAUUCAGCCCUCAUAGAGAUCAUGUCACAAAGGACAUGACCGUGGAAGUAGUGGGAGGGUAAAGCUCAGGUUAAUGCAAGCUGAUUGCUCAGUGUCUUAAGACUCACGUUGUCUCCAAAAGGCCAAAUAAACCAGGGGUUUCUCUGGGUGCUUGGAGAAAGAAGAAACCCUAUUCUUGCUUUAGGAUCCUUAUCCCAUUAGUUAGACAUUGAUUAUACCCCUCUAUAUAGAUUCUCUAUGUAUUGAUUACUGUAUAUAAGCAUCUAAGUGGUUAGUUAUUGAUCAAGAAGACAGGUUUGUUUUAUAAUCAGCACACCCUGACCUCACUCAUUUGAAUUAUUUUCCUUAGAACCCUACCCAAUAACUUCUGUGGGACGUCAUUCCCCAAUCUUUGGUACUCUUCUUCCACAGUUGGAAAAUGGAGCUACUUGUUGUUAAUAUCCCACAGCUGAAAGGUGCUAUGUAACUCCCUAGUGCUCUUACAUGUUUUCAUUUGCAGGACUGGAAUGAAAAGUUUAACCAUUACAGUAUUUCUGAGCAAGUAAGUGUGCUCCAUUCUUUCCUUCCACACUCUCAGUGCAGAAUAUUUUCUUGCAGAGCCUGGAGUACUUCGUUAAUGUUCUUCCGUUUGUUCCAGCAAUGUCCUUGGAAAGAGACAGAAUAGAAACUAUUUUCCAAAAAUUAAAGAUAAAAGAGAUAAAGUGCCGUCCAAAGCAUAUAGAUAUUGCGGACAGCCCACUGUUAGAGAGGCUUGACAUCUUAGUGCAGGAAUUACUAUGGGGCACCUUAAGAGCACCGAGAACAAAGAGAACAGAAUCAAACUCCACAAGAGUCCCUGUCUCCAAAAUCUUGCAGUUUUCGAUUUAGACAGCUCUUUAUUUUCUAAUGCAAUAUGUGCCUCUUCCCCUCACUAGCCCGAUAUGACAUAUAUAUUUCGCACUAGAUGGCAUCAGCCAGUGCCAUAAUCUCCUGUGGCACCCAGACAGCCCGAUCUCAGGGUUCAUUUUUCCAGGGAAAAAGUGUCUUCCUCACAUUCGUGCCAAAUUGCAGAGUAUAGACAUUUAUGUUAAUGGAUACUUAAGCACAGUCCAGGCAUGUAUGUUUUAAGAAUGCUGUGUAUACAUUGCUGCAAUCUACACCUAAGAUUUGAUUAGGCCCAACUGACAGGAAUGUAACAUAGUCAAUCCCUUUCAACUCUCAUCACACAUAUCUACAUAUGUGUACACUUACAUGGAUAUGAAUGUACACUGUUUUAAGGGGGACUGCUAGGUCAUUAGAGCAAAUAUUUAUAGGGAUGAUUCUGUUCUCUCCUUUUAAAUGAAGUCCAAAAUCCCAGGAAGUGAAAAUUUUGUUUAUCUGUUCUAAAAUGUCUGCUGUUAGAGUAGCUAAAAGCCUCAGUUGGGCUGAAAGACAUGUUCUGUGCAGACACAGAAGACAAGAUUAUCAGACACUAUUGCAAGUUCCAUCUUCGCAGAAAAUUCAUGCACUCUGUCCAAUCAGAAGGAAAUGGUUGACACUGUAUGCUAUAUUUGCAUUUCUUUAAUGAUACCUAUAAUAUACCAUAUUAUACUGUAGCCUUUGCAUGUGGGUAUUAUGUAACAUAGUAAAGAAUGGGUGGCUUUUACCAGCAUGCAGCCCUUGACUUGUUUACUUCCCCCAAAGGGCUAAGGCUGUGUCCUAUACAGUGUUAAAUGCGUUCUUUGGAGUGGCCUAGUUAGCAUCUGUCUACAGAAUGAUUAAAAACACACAGUGAAUGCAGUCUAUCAGGAUAGUUUUGGUAGGAAAUGAUUAAAAUAAAAGAACAAUAAGAUAAGAUGUAUUCAAAGAAUAAUUGCUUUCAGCCCGCUGUCUAAAUCAGCAAAGAAACACAGCAGGAAACCUGGAACUGGAUCUUGAUGAUGUAUGGACUGUAUUGGAGAGCCAGAAAAGGAAAGACACUGGGGACUUCCACAGUUAAGCUCAAGUUGCCAAUUUGCUAUAAAUUGCCAUCAGUCUGCUUACAGUGACUGUAUAUAGUAUUCUUAAAACCAUGUGUCUUGCUACAGAAAUACUGAAAAAUGCUGGUCAGCUUUGUCUUCCUAUGUCCUUUAUUAAAACUAUAUACAUAAA